UUACUCUUGCAUUUUAAGGUUACUUGCAAUAUGCGUAUGUGAGUAUAAACAUAAUAUAACAAAAUAUGUUUAAAUUAAAUAAGCAUUCAGUUUAAACACCAAUUUUUUGUCUAAUUAAGUUUUACGGUACAUCUCAGCAUCCAAGUGAUAAGCGGAAGGUGAUAAAGCUUCCAUUACAGCUUUUCUUUUUAACUAAUCACAAGUGGAAUUUUAAUUAGUAAGUGAAUUUAGUGGCAAUAAUUUUAAAGUUUGAACCAGUUAUCUAUGAAUAUAAUGUGUGAAGCAAUUGCAAGCCUGAAUAAGGAGAUUCUGAAGAACAAUUCAGAUAUUAAAGACAGUACACCUAACCUGGGUCUGCUACCUUUGUCAAAACCAGAUCGGACCAUAUUAAGUGCAAGUUCAAUAUUUACUAAAUCUGAGCAUGAGUAUCACUUUCCUAAUAUACCACUUCCACCACAAAACCACAAUUACUUCAAUGGAUCAAUCCCAGGAACUUUAGAUAAAAGAUACGAUAUAAAUGGAUCAACAUCAACACAAGAAGUGAGCAAUGGGUGCUAUAUUCUUAAGCAAGAAGGAGAAAUCAUAAAUCCUAGUGAUUUGCCUUUUCCUGUACCAAACCCAGACAGAACUGAGACAAAUGAAGAUUCUCAGAAGUAUAGACCUUUUGUUUGUAGAGAAUGUGGCAAAGGUUAUACACAAAAAUGUCAUUUGACUGCUCAUGUUCGAGUGCAUUCAGGAAUCAAACCCCAUACAUGUUUUCAGUGUGGCAAAUCAUUCACACAGAAGCAUAGUUUAAAUACUCAUAUGCUUCUGCAUCAAAGUGACAGGCCACACACUUGUACAUUAUGUAAGAAAAGUUUUACAUUAAAGCACCAUCUUGUUGCACAUGAAAAGGUACAUAGUAGAGAGAAGCCUUUUGAGUGUAAUGAAUGUGGCCAGGCAUUUCCAUUGAAACGUCAUCUUGUCACACAUCAAAAGUUUCAUGCAGGUGAAAGACCAUAUAUUUGCAAAGAAUGUGGAGAAUCUUUUGCAUUAGAAGAGCAUUUGCAACACCAUUCUCGGUUUCAUGGAUCUACCAAUUCCUUCAGAUGUAACAACUGUGGGGAGACGUUUACAAGAAAGUUUGAGCUAAUGAACCACAGUCGCAUGUAUGGUCAUGGUUAUUUUCCAUUAAUUUGUCAAAUAUGUGGAAAAGAAUUUUUACAGAAGAAAACAUUAGUGGCCCACAUGCACCGAAUGCAUGCCAACGUGUCCUUCAAUUCGUCACAGUUCCAAACCAAAUCGGUAGGAUCAGGCCCACAACAAGCCCAACAGCAACAACCUCAGCAACACCAACAACCACCACAACAGCAACAGCAACCAACCACCGAAUUGACAUGUUCCCGUUGUCCUGUCAAAUUUAACUCUCGCGAAGCCCUUCAUAUCCACGAAAAGUUCCACGACGGCGACACCUCGAUCUUUAAUGAUUUGCUUGUUCUCUCUCAGCAACAGAUGUCGCUGAGCGCGCCCGGGUACGGUACGACUCCAAAACUGCCUACAACGGUGGCCGGUUCGGGACAGAACAAUACCAACAUGAACACUUUCGUCAACGGUCUCUUGACCAACUAUUCAUUGGAAAAACAUAAGCCCUACGUAUGCAGCUUUUGUUCAAAGGCUUUCAGUACCAAGCACGGUCUUUAUCAUCACAACAAGAGACACCCCGAAGGAACGUGUACCGAGAAACCGUUCAGUUGUCAGACGUGCGGCAAAGCUUUCAGACAAACGAAUUAUUUACUGUUGCACGAGCGAGUUCACAUGGAUCGCAAGGCAAUGGCAAACGCGAAAAAACAACAGCAACAACACCAACAACAACAACAGCAGCAGCAGCAACAACAACAACAACAGAUGGGGAACAAUGCAUCUACGAGCACGUCGGUGGUUCCUUCGGCCACUGAAAAUAUUUCGACACAAACAGAUAAUAACUUAGACCAACGUGUCAGUUACGAGGGACCUCCCAAUCAUGGGCCCGGAGCUCCUGAGUAAUAUCUGCUAAGGAAAAGACGAUGGGGUUAAUUAGAAACGAAUAUUUUAUAGGAUGGACAGCAAUCUUGUAAUGAAUGAAUGAUAACAUUAUUUUUAAAAUACCUAUCUGUUCCAUCUGUCCUUCCUUUCUGAAACUUAAAAUACGAUCGGUCUAAGUUUGAAUUUAUGUUUUGUUUUGCUGAAAAAGAAAAAUUUUUGAAUCGACAGAUUAGUACAUCCUUACAAACAAAAAAGCAAUUAUUGAUCUUGUUAAGUAAUCUUGUUGGUUAAGAUAAUUAUUGAAAAGUGAUUUUUAGUAGUAAUUAUAUUAUAAUGAUUAAUCGAAUAAAUUUUAAAUAUUGUCUUUUAAACUAUUUAGUUUUAGUGUUAUGACAUGUAAAUAAGAACAACAUUGUAAAACACGGUAAAAAUGUACAGUUUUUGUUUAUAAACGCAUUGUAUAUUUUUGCGAGAAAAACAAUACCGUGUGAGAAAUAUUUUUGUAAAAAUAUUAUUUCAUGUUUUUUUAUUGAUAUCAUUAAAUUAGUUGUAUUAUUA